AUGAGUUCUCUGUUAAAGUAUUUUAAGAAACCAGCAUUGCUUGGAACUGAUGAGGACCAUGAGGUUGAUGGAACUAGUGAGGAUAGUAGUGAAACUGGUGAGGUUGAUGGAUCUGAACCAGAUGAUGAGGUUGAUGGGGUUAGAACUGGAUAUGGAAACCAUGAUCAAGAAGAGAAUAGGGAUAGAGCUGAGAUAGAUGAUGAAGAUGUCAACUCAAAUGCAGCGGACGAGCAUUUUAAAGAAGAUGAUUCAGCCUUUGAUCUUAUGGAUCCUGGAAAUUGGAGAAAAAUUGACCAGAAGUUAAGAGAUUAUUUGGUUGAGAAAGGUCCUCUCCCACCACCAUCUGAAGAUUAUAUUUUCCCCAAAAAUGAAAGUGGUAGACACUUUUCACAUAGAAAUUACAAAAGGAUCAUGAAGAAUGGAGAUAUGCAGCACCGGCGUUGGUUAGUUUAUUCAACAACAUUCGACAAGAUCUAUUGUUUUUGUUGCAAGUUGUUCACCCGUUACAAGGAAACUACUCAACUAGGAGGCAUUGGAUUUCUGGAUUGGAAUAAUACUGGAAUAAGGCUGAGCCAACAUGAAACCAGUCAUGAUCACAUUAUGUGUAUGAGCCAGUGGAUGGAACUAGAGAUGAGGCUGCAAAAGAAUCAGACAAUUGAUAAGUGUGUCCAAGAGGAAAUCGAAAAAGAGAAUAAUCAUUGGAGGGAGCUUUUACUGAGAUUAUUUUCAGUGGUGGAGUAUUUGGCUAAGAGUAAUAUAGCAUUUCGGGGAUCUAAUGACAAAAUUGGCCAAGAGAACAAUGGAAAUUUUCUGGGGAAUAUUGAGAUGAUUGGUAAAUUUGAUCCUGUAAUGAGGGAGCACAUCAGGCGAAUCACCAAAGGAGAAACCCGAUACCAUUAUCUCAGCUACAAAAUUCAGAAUGAGUUGAUUGGAAUGUUGAGUUCUGAAAUCAAGUUAAUAAUCAUUAAGAAGAUUAAAGAGGCAAAAUUCUUCUCGGUUAUUCUUGAUUGUACUCCAGAUAUCAGCCACAAAGAACAAAUGUCUCUCAUUAUUCGAUGUGUGGAUAUAUCAGUGAGUCCAGUUCAGAUUGAAGAAUUUUUUCUUACCUUUCUCGAAGUUGAAGAUAAAUCAGGAAAAGGGCUUUUUGAGCUAUUAUGUGAUACACUGGUUGGUUUGAAGCUGGAUAUUAAUGAUGUCAGGGGACAAGGUUAUGACAAUGGAUCCAACAUGAAAGGAAAAAACAAAGGAGUACAGAAGAGAUUGUUGGAUAUCAAUCUGAGGGCAUUUUAUACACCAUGUGGUUGUCAUAAUCUGAACUUGGCUAUUUGUGAUAUUGCUAAAUCUUCUGAUAAAGCGACGUCUUUCUUUGGGAUUAUCCAUCACCUCGAAAGCGUUAAGGCUAUACGUUUUAAAGCUCCAGAAAUCAGAGAUGUCUUACUUUACUUUGCAGAAAACAGUGAGGAUCCAGGAGCACAGAGUGAUGCUGAAUGUCUUGCGAUAAGUGAAACACAUGGAAUUGGAGGGUUUGAGUUCUUGUUUGGUCUGGUUAUAUGGUAUGAUGUUCUGUUUGCUGUUAAUACUGUGAGCAAGACGCUACAGUCUGAAGAUAUUGAUAUCGAUGAUGCCAUUGCUCAGCUAAAGGGGUUAGUUUCUUUUUUUCAAAAGUAUAGAGAAAUGGGAUUUCAAGAAGCAAAAGCUGAAGCUUCAAAAAUUGCCAUUGCUAUGGAUAUUGAACCCAUGUUUAACAAGAGGAACAAGCGCCUUAUUAAAAGGAAAACUCAUUUUGAUGAAGAGCGAGACAAAGGUGAUGAUGUUUGUCAGGUUCUAAGUGUGGAGGAUGAUUUCAGAAUCAAUUAUUUUUUCAAAAUGAUGGACCAAGCUAUUGUUUCUUUCCAAACAAGGUUAGAACAAUUUAAAGAGUAUGAAAAUAUUUUUGGGUUUUUGUUCAGUCUACGAAAGCUCAACUCAACAAGCGAUGAUAUUUUGAAGAGUAGAUGUUCUAACCUUGAAGCUUUUCUUAAGCAUGGAGCAGAUUCUGAUAUUGAUGGGAAUGAUUUGUUCAUGGAAAUCAAAAUUUUCAGAGAAGUUUUGCCAAAGACUUUCAAGAAGAAUGUAGAAGUGCUGGAUUAUUUGAAGAGAAUGAAGGAUAGCUAUCCGAGUAUAUGGAUUGCUUACAGGAUAAUGCUCACCGUUCCUGUUUUAGUUGCUUCAGCUGAAAGAAGUUUUUCUAAGUUGAAGUUGAUAAAGUCUUAUCUACGAUCUACUAUGUCACAGGAAAGGUUAAACGGAUUGGCUAUGUUAUCGAUUGAGAAAGCUUUAAUUCAAAAUCUCAAUUAUGAAAGUUUGAUGAAUGAUUUUGCUGAAAAAACUGCAAGAAGAGUUAUUUUUGCAAAAUCGGUAGAACUGUUGUUGUGUGUUUUUAGAACUAUUGUACUGUAUUUUGAAGAUUAA